UUGUCACCUUACUUGAAAAUCUCUCUCUAUUCUCUACAAAUUCUCCGGUGAAAAAUGUCAGGGCGCGGUAAGGGAGGCAAGGGGUUGGGCAAGGGAGGAGCAAAGCGACACAGGAAGGUGCUGAGGGAUAACAUCCAGGGCAUCACCAAGCCCGCCAUCCGCCGUCUCGCUCGCCGUGGCGGAGUCAAGCGUAUCUCCGGGCUCAUCUACGAGGAGACCAGAGGUGUCCUCAAGAUCUUUCUCGAGAACGUCAUCCGUGACGCCGUCACCUACACCGAGCACGCUCGCAGGAAGACCGUCACUGCCAUGGACGUCGUCUAUGCGCUCAAGAGGCAGGGAAGGACCCUCUACGGAUUUGGGGGUUGAUCUGGAAAUUUGGCUUUUAUAUAUUUUUGAUUUAGGAGUUAUGCUAGUUGUUUAUGGUUAGAUCUGAGUUUCGUUAGUGCUGGGCUGUUGAACUUUUCGUUCGUGUAAUUCAGGAACUUGAUUUCUAGGUAAUGGAAGUGUAAUUUCUCGG